AUGGGGAGCCCUGACAAGGAGUGUGAGCUCCUCUACAUCGUCAUGGAGUAUGCGACAGGGGGUGACCUUGCCCGGAGGAUACAGGCUGGCAUUGUGCUUGCGCAGAAGGCAGAGGGCACCCGAUUCUCGGAGGCGGUCGUGAUGCGCGUCUUCGCGCAGGUCUGCUCAGCCUUGCACUACAUCCACGCGCAGAAAAUCAUGCACCGGGAUGUGAAGCCGGCGAAUGUGUUCAUUGCCGGCGAGGGCGAACUGGGCCAAUGCACCGUCAAACUCGGCGACUUCGGAAUCGCGAAGAUGAUCGAGGGGACGGGACAGGCAAACUCGACAGUCGGAACGCCUUCGUACCUGUCGCCAGAGAUGUGCAAGAACAACCCAUACGGGAUGAAGGCGGACGUGUGGUCGCUGGGCGUCGCGUGGUAUGAGAUGGCGUGCCUGAAGGUACCCUUCUCCGCCUCGAACCUCCCUGCCAUGGCGCCCCCUGGAUGA